AUGAUUCCAACGACUGCGGGAUACGAUGCGCGCGCCCUGACGCCGCCGCCUGACAACAUGGACGAGGUGGUAAGCACGCCUGUGCUCAAGUCCAUCUUGGGACACGAGGUGUACCGUGGCUCCACGACUCAGCAGUUCAAGUCUGCCUUGAGCGAUAUUGAUGUGGAUGCAUGCGAGGCCGAUGGUGAGAACGCCUUUUUUGUCGCUGAUUUGGCCGAGGUGUAUCGCCAGUACAUUCGGUGGCGUCGUGAGCUGCCGCAGAUCAUUCCCUUCUACGCUGUAAAGUGCAACCCUGAGCCCAUGGUACUGCAUCUACUGGCUGGCUUGGGCCUUGGCUUUGACUGUGCAUCGAAUGGUGAGAUCCAAACGGUGCUGGAUAUGGGUGUUUCGCCGAAACGCAUUAUUUACGCGAACCCUUGCAAGGCCUCUUCUUUCGUGCGUCGCUCCAAGGCGCAAGAUGUGAUGCUGACCACGUUUGACAACAUGGACGAGUUGUACAAGAUGAAGAAAUUCCAUCCCGACUGCAAGUUGGUGAUUCGUAUUCUUACCGACGACUCGAAGAGCGUGUGCCAGCUGGGCAUCAAGUUCGGCGCACCUCUGCAAAAUGUGCCAGCCCUGCUGGCCAAGGCUCGCGAGCUUGAACUGGAUGUCGUAGGAGUAAGUUUCCAUGUGGGAUCAGGCUGCUACGACCCGGAGGCUUAUCGUGAUGCACUGGACCGCGCUCGUCAGGCCUUUGAUAUGGGCCGUGACCAUGGCUAUACGUUUGAUUUGCUCGAUAUUGGCGGCGGGUUUGAGCAUGACAACUUUGAAGCGAUUGCCAAGGUCGUGCGCUCGUCCCUUGUGCAGUACUUCCCUGAUGAGGCCUUUGCGCCUGGCGGCACACGUAUGACCGGUCUCCCGAAUGGCCUGCGCAUCAUUGCUGAGCCUGGUCGCUACUUUGUCUUCCGUGCUUUCUCGUUGGCGACCAACAUUAUUGCGCGUCGUCUUAGCGCAGAGGCUGAGGCGGAGGAAGAAAUGAGCGAUGCCAAGCCCUUGGCAAUGUACUACCAAAACGAUGGCACGUACGGUGCCUUUAACUGCAUUGUCUUCGAUCACCAGCAUGUACAUCCGAAGGUGCUCUCCAUGCAACGCGAGUUUAUGUACCGCCCAGACUUGGAGGCGCCUGGUGUGGAGUCGUCCAAGGCGCUGCGGCCCUGCAGUGUAUGGGGCCCGACGUGUGACAGCAUGGACUGUAUUUUGAAGCUGACGCACCUCCCUAAGGGCCUUGACGUGGGCGACUGGCUUGUCUACGAAAACAUGGGCGCUUACACGCUGUGUGCAGCUUCGACAUUUAACGGCUUGGCUACGGCGCAGGUGCGGUACACGAUCGGAUGCGACGCAAUCGAGCAGGACGGAGCACCGGGGGCGGUGCUGCGCGUUCUCUCGGCUCUGGCGCACGAUGCCUAA